GUGUCACAGUUUGACAGUGUGUGUGAGUGUGGUGGGUGUGUAGGUAUGUGUGUGGGCAGAGCGAGUCUCUUUCUGGCCCUGGGCUUGUGAGUCCUGUUGUUCUCUACUCUCUCAUGUUUUAAUCAUUUUUUUUCUUCAAUUCAAAUCAAUUAGAAAAACGUUAUUUGUUCCCUUGAAUGGGCACCAUGAUGAGGGAAACAGAUCCAGUGGGGACAGAGAUUGACCUGGGAGACUCUGAUGAUGAAGACCUUGCCGAAGACCUGGAUGAGGACUGUGUGGAGCCUCAGCUGCUAUGGAAAGCUGAACUGGGGGAUGGGAUGGAUGAGGAGGAGGCUGUGUCCCCGUUAGUUGACGUUAGUGACACCAAGCCCCUGCUGAAUGAGAGAGACCCUAGAGGAGUCAACGACUGUCUGAAGGUGACCUUUGAGGAUGUGAUAGCGGAGCCGGUGUCAGUGCGUAGCGGAGACAGAGUGUGGAUCUGGAGUAAUGCCCUGUUCGAGGUCACAAGGGUCUGGAUCUACCGGAUAGUAACCGUCCUGCUGGCCGUCCCUAUGUCCAUCAUCACUGGACUGCUCUUCGCCAUCCUCAGCUUCCUACACAUAUGGUUCUUUAGCCCAUGCGUCCAUUACAUCCUUAUUAUCACAUACUGGCUGCAGAGCCUAUGGAGCAUCAUACUGGACAUUGGUGUCCGCCCAUUCCUCACUAGUGCCUCAAGGUGCUACAGUGGAAUCAGACUUCGCCUGACACAGGAAUGAAAGAUUGAUAGCGCUUCACAUAGAGAUAAUGGGAAUAUCAGGAUUGGGUAUAUGGGAUUUUUCCGAACGUUACCCUACUAUGGAAUGCCCUCUGGGGAGACUAUCAGGGCUGGACAAAGUCUUUGUAGGAUGCUCUAGGAUCAGACCAGGGGCACAACUACAGGCCUUUUGGUGGAACAUUGGACCUUACAACUGAACUGAAAUCAGUGCGAUUGAUCAAGACUGGAGAAAAGUGUUUAUCAAGCUCCAACAAGAAGAUUGGUUACCUAUCUGAGAAGUUGUCACAAGUGAAGGUGAAAAGGAGAAUGUGUAAAGGAUCCACAAUCAUUUAGGGUAAAACAUUUUAACUAGUUUACACUGGAAGUGUGCUUUGAAGUGUACUUUUUCACAUGAUGUGAUAGUGUUAGAUUAUUCACUUGUUUGAUGAGCACAUUUAGUAUAAUUCAGAUACAGCACUGGAAUAUAGUGUUAUCUUAUUCAAAUCUGACCACACAUUUCAAAAUGUGCCUCCACUAUUUUUGUUGUAUUGUAGAAAAUAUCAAGUUUAUCUUUAUCUAUUCUGAUAAAAAUGAAAUAUAUCUUAAAUAAAGUGUUAUAGAUUAUGAUCAAUAUAUCAAUAUCAGACUUAUUUUCUUAUACAAAAUCAAUCCAUUGAAAUAUCCCCUCUUCUUCUAAUAGACACAACUUUUCUGAAUAUCAACGUUGUACUGAGUACAGUAAUAAGAUUCAAAUAGAUGGGUAAAGGGGCUCUUGUUCUUGAAAGGUGGUACAAUCCAAAUGUUGAAUUUAUUCAUUUACACCCACUCUGCUUGCAGGUGACCUCAUUAUGUAUGAUUAGCCUUUCUUAUGCUAACACCCAGUAGGAUGAACUCCUUUCUGAUGCUCUCCCUUUAUCCUCACUCCACAGCUCAGGGUCUGGACACUCCUCUCUUCCCAUUGGAAAGCCCUCUGCAUUCCCCAGAAUAGGAAAUGGGACAUUUCAAUGAAUUGAACAAUAGCACAGGCAAACUCCCUGUAUUUGAAGUGAACCAUGUUUCACACACACACACACACACAGUGACUGGUCUGAAUGUGAUUUGCUUGACAGUACUUAGUGGGACCACUCAAUGAGGUGAGGAGGUUGUCCUGUACUGAUGUUAGUAUGAAAAAGGCUUGAUUUUACAUAAUCAGAUAACCAAGGGUGUGAAGGAAUAAAUCAAACAUUUGGAUUAUACGUUACCACUUUUCAAAAACAAAACAAAAUAUCCUGUUACCCAACCCCAUGGAUAUUACAAUCAAGUGAAGGAAACUGUGGUUGAAAUAAAGCAGAUAUAUUUGUUGUUGUUGUUUUAAA